AUGGACUAUAAGAAAAUUGCGGAUGAAGUUUCAGAAAAAAUUUUAUCAUACAGCCAAGAUACUUCAGGAUGGAGAGUGAUAAAAGUUUCAAAAAAUGUUACAGUUUCCUCAAAGCCUUCAAAAGAGUAUGCAGGAAAUAUAUACCGUGGAGAAGGGAUAAUUAAGGAAGUACCUAGUAAAAUUAUUCCUUUUAUGUAUCUUCCUGAAUAUCGAAGCAAAUGGGAUAAAGCAUUACAAUCUUACAAGCUGUUAGAAAGGAUUGACCAGGACACUGGUAUAUACCACAGUGUAACGCACAGUUAUGGUAUGGGACUGAUUUCAUCAAGAGAUUUUGUUGACCUGCUGCAUGUUAAACCAUACCCUGGUGAUAUCCUUACAACUAACUCUGUCAGCGUGGAAUACUCCAGCUGCCCUCCAACUCCCUCUUGUGUCCGUGGUUAUAACAAUCCCUGUGGAUAUGUGUGUGCACCUUUGCCCGAGAAUCCAGCGCAUUCUAAGCUAGUUGUAUUUAUUCAGCCAGAACUAGGAGGAAUGCUUCCCUGUUCUGUAGUGGAGACAGCAUUGCCUACUACUCUCAUAAACUUAAUCACUGAAACGAGAGCUGGACUGAAGGGCUUGAAAGACCAUAAUUAA